AUGGCAGCAGCAGCAGCAGCAGCAGCAGUAGCGCCACCUCCCCACGUGGCCGUGGUCGGCGGCGGCAUAGUGGGCGCGUCGAUCGCCUGGCACCUUUCGCAGCACACCAACGUGACGGUGAUCGCGCCGAGCAUCGGGGGAGUGGCGACGCGGGCCAGCUUCGCCUGGCUCAACGCCGCGUCGGGGGAGGACCGGGCCUACUACGAGUUUCGGCGGCGGUCGGUGGCUCGUUGGCGCGAGCUCGAGGCCCAGAUCCCCGGCCUGCCCGUGCACUGGGGCGGCGGCCUCAAGUGGGACCUCGCGCCGGACGAGCUGGCCGAGUUUGGCGACAAGUUCGCCGGCUGGGGGUACGACGUCGUCCGCGUCGAGAGGUCCGGCAUCCACGAGAUGGAGCCGCGCGUCGACGAAGCCGUCGUGCCGGACUGGGCCCUCUACUCGGCCGAGGAGGGCGCGCUGGAGGCCGAGGCCGCCGCGCGGCUGAUGGUCGAGCACGCCGUCGCCCGCGGCGCCGCGGAGGUGGUGGACGGGACCGUGGCGAGGCUGGCCAGGGCGGACGGGGGCGCCGUGUGCGGCGUCGUGCUGGCCGACGAGAGCGGCACCACCGUCGAGGCGGACCACGUCGUCAUCGCGGCCGGGCUGGGCAGCGUGGGGCUCCUGGCGGCCGAGGGCGUCGACGUGCCCGUGGCCGGUCGGGCGGGGAUGCUGGUCAACACGAAGCCGCUGCCGAGCAAGAUCGCAAGCUCGGUCGUCUACACGUCGGACCUGCACUUGCGGCAGACGCUGGACGGCGUGGUGCGGGCCGGGUUCAACGAGGAGCGCAUCACCGAGGACCCGGACGCCGACGCCGACGUGUUGCUCGCCGCACUGCGGGAGGCCGUCGCGCAGAGCGACGAGCUCGAGUUCGACUACUACACCAUCGGAGAGCGCCCGGUGCCCGAGGACGGCCGGCCCAUCAUCGGGCCGACGGGCUUGGAGGGCGUCAGCCUGGCCGUCAUGCACUCUGGGGUUACCAAUGCUGCGCUCGUCGGGGAGCUGCUGACCAGGGAGAUUCUCACCGGUGAGAGGGAUCCGGCGCUCGACGACUACCUGCUAGAGAGAUUUAAAAAGUGA